GAUGUCAUCGCCGGGCGGGGGGGGGCGCUCCGUUCCGGCGCGGCGCGGCCAUGGACCGGCGGCGGCGGCGGGGCCCGGGCGAGCAGGAGUGACCCAUCCGUGACGCCGGCGGGACCCCRUCCGUGGAGCCGCAGGUGUGAGCGAGCACCCAGAGCGGCUCAUCCUCCCCCGGCCGCCACCAUGCCCAUCCUCAAGCARCUCGUGUCCAACUCUGCGCACUCCAAGCGCCGCUCCAGGGCCGACCUGACGGCCGAGAUGAUCAGCGCGCCCCUGGGGGACUUCCGCCACACCAUGCACGUGGGGCGCGCCGGGGACGCCUUYGGGGACACCUCGUUCCUCACCAGCAAGGCCGGGGAGCCGGUGCCGGAGGUGGGAGAGGAGCCGGGCGCCUCCAAGCCCGGGCUGCUGUCCCGCCGCUUCCGCAGCAGCAAGCGCUCGCAGUCGGUGACGCGCGGGGACCGGCGGGACAUGCUGGGCUCGCUGCGGGACUCGGCGCUCUUCGUCAAGAACGCCGUGUCCCUGCCCCAGCUCAACGAGAAGGACGUGGACAGGAGCGCGGGGCAGCUGCCCAAGAGCCUCUCCUCCAGCCCUGUGAAGAAGCUGCCUGAGGAGAUGAGCCCCGAAGAGCAGCAGCGCCCGAACGGGGCGGCCGCGGGGCCGCUGAGCCCCGGCUUGGACGAACACGACUUCGGGGACAUCACGGACCUGCCCGUGGUGGUGGCCAAGGGCGGGGCGGGCUUGAAGCACGCCGAGUCCAUCAUGUCCUUCCACAUCGACCUGGGGCCCUCCAUGCUCGGSGACGUGCUGAGCAUCAUGGAUAAGGAUCAGUGGGAGCAGGACGAGGACCCCGACGCAGAGGAGAGCCGCGAGGAGGAGGAGGAGGAUGGCGAGCCCGCCCCGCCCGGGUCCCCGCUGGUGGCCCCGCCCGGCCAGAGCCCAGCCCGCGGCGCCGGUGGCCGCAGCCCCAGGGACAGCAGUCCGGCCUCCAGCUGCACCUCGGGGCCCGAGGAGCGCAGCCCCGUGCCCAGGCCCCCGAGCCAACGCGGGGCGCCCCCGAAACGCCCCGACAAGGAGUUCUCGUUCGCCGAYGAAGACGAUGACGAGAUCCGGGUAUAAAGGCGGGCGGCCGAGCCCAGGCUCUGGAUCUCGCUGAGGCUGCUCGGACACGGGGCUGAACACCCCGAUGGUGGCACUGGGGAAGACUCCACUGCUCCCUCGUUCCCCCUCCCCUGCUGCAGCAGGACAGCGCUCUGCUCUUGGGGCUGGGGGUGCUCCUCACACCUCUCGGCCCCUGGAGAGCUCCAGCACUUCCUGGGAGGGGGAAGCAGACUCGAUUUCAGUUCUUUCUGUUGGACUUUGGAUAUUAGCUCCUUUCUCCUGCCCCCUGCCCRUGUAAAGCGAUUUAGGACCCGACAAGACGAGCCUUUGGAGUUCUAGCCCCUUUAGUAAUAUAUAUCUAUUUUCCACCA